AUGCGUAAUUCAACAUGGGGCUUCCGGCCGAAAAUAGCUCACUGUCAAGAGGCUCACAAUGGUUAUCUAAAGCGAGCAACCACAGAACAACUAUUGGAAGUCUUCAACAAAUAUGCUACUGUCGAGAAGCAAGGCGAGAAAUACAUCAACUCUGUAGAUUUCUUAAAAAAUUACAUCGGCAUAUUAAAUGAACCGUCUAGUGACUUGGAUUCUUUGCGACUGUUGAGUGGGAUCGUUGAUACAAACAAAGAUGGACUCAUUUCAUUCGCGGAAUUUCAAGCAUUUGAAAGUUUACUGUCUGAACCAGAUGCUUUAUAUAAAGUUGCAUUUCACUUGUUUGAUAUAAAUGGCAACGGAGAGAUUUCCUAUGAUGAAUUUGUAUUAGUUAUUAAAAAAACUGAACUGUACUUAAAAAUACCUUUCAAUUUGGAUAGUCAAUUUAUGAAAUUGUAUUUUGGAGAGAAGAAAAAUCGGCUUAUUAACUACUCAGAAUUCGCUCAAUUUUUACAUGAUUUUCAUGAAGAAUGUGGAACUGAAAUUUUUCGUAUUUUUGAUAAAUCCGGUUCUGGUUUUAUAUCUGCCAAUGAUUUUCAAGAAAUAAUGCUUAUGUCCAAAAGCCAUUUAUUAACUAGUGGUGUCCGAGAUAACUUAUUACCAGCUGCAGGAGGAGGUCAAGGAGUACAUCGUGUUAGUUUUCCAUAUUUUAUGGCUUUUAUAUCACUUUUAAACAACAUGGAACUUGUCAAGCGUAUUUAUUUAAAUGCCAGUAAUGAAAAUCGGAAUCGAGAAGUUACUAAAGAUGAAUUUUUGUAUUCUACUCAAGUUAUGUCUCAAAUUACUCCAUUAGAAGUUGAUAUAUUAUUUACCCUAUGCCAUCUAUUACAUCAAAGAGCUGGCAAGAUUAUUUAUAAUGACUUACAAUCAAUAACACCAGAACAGUACUAUAAAGAAAUACAUAAUCGUAGAAUAGCUGAAAUCCAUGCAGUAUCUAGUCCAUCUGAUAGAGGAGUUUUCAUUCAAGUAUUGGAGAGCUUGUACCGAUUCACCCUGGGCUCAAUAUCUGGAGCUAUUGGUGCCACAGCAGUAUAUCCAAUUGAUUUGGUUAAAACUAGGAUGCAAAAUCAAAGAGCUGGUUCAUUUAUUGGUGAACUCAUGUACAGAAAUAGUUUUGACUGUUUUAAAAAAGUUAUAAGACAUGAAGGAAUUUUUGGACUUUAUCGAGGUCUAUUACCUCAGCUGAUAGGUGUUGCUCCUGAAAAAGCAGCAAAGCUCACAGUUAAUGAUUUAGUGCGAGAUAAAUUACGUCAAGAAAAUGGAGAUUUGGCUGUCUCUUCAGAAAUUAUUGCUGGUGCUUGUGCAGGAUUUUCACAAGUUAUAUUUACCAACCCAUUAGAAAUAGUAAAAAUUCGUUUACAAGUUGCUGGUGAAAUAGCAUCUACUAAAAAAUUAAGUGCUAUUACUGUAAUUAAAGAAUUAGGUUUCUUUGGUUUGUAUAAGGGAGCUAAAGCUUGUUUCCUACGAGACAUACCUUUCAGUGCUAUUUACUUUCCAGCAUACAAUCAUGUAAAACAGGCUUUUGCUGAUGAAAAAGGUUAUAAUCAUCCAUUAUCACUGUUAGCUGCUGGUUGUAUUGCUGGUGUUCCAGCUGCAUCAUUAGUGACACCUGCAGAUGUUAUAAAAACUCGGCUGCAAGUUGUGGCACGAAAGGGCCAAACUACUUAUAAUGGUUUGGUGGAUUGUGCUAUGAAAAUUUACAAUGAAGAAGGACCUAGGGCAUUUUGGAAAGGAACAGGCGCUCGUGUAUUCCGCUCUUCGCCACAAUUUGGAGUGACACUUUUGUCUUAUGAAAUUCUACAAAGAUUGUUUUAUGUAGAUUUUGGAGGAUCCCGCCCAUCUGGUUCAGAAAAAUUAGUUUCAGUACAAGGUGCUGGUGAUGGAAUAACCCCUUCAAAUCCAGAUCAUAUUGGAGGUUAUCAUGCAGUGCUUCCAAUAUUAGAAGGAAUAGAGUCUAAAUUUGGUCUUGUAUUUCCUAAAAUUAAAUCAGAAAAAUAA